AUGAGAUAUCAGUGAAGCAAAACCGUGAACUAUUUCUGAAUUUCUGAGUGAUGCAUUCGCGUUCGAACACAUGGUAAAUGCCGAUUUGAGUGUUGAGCUGCCAUUCGGGAGUUACAGGUGAACUGUGAAGAAGUGCAUAAGCAACAGAGCAAGAACACGUUUGCUGUGAAUACGAAGAUAUAUUCUUUAUCCAACCGUCGAAUCAUUGAUUAGCAUGAAAAUGGCAACAAAACGAUUCGUGCUAGCGGUGUGUGUAAUAGCGUUCAUCAGUCCCAUCAUCAGUCUUCCUAUGGAUUCCAGCAUUGCUGAGAACAGGGUUGAAAUGCUUGGACGAUUGUUGGAGGAACCCGGGCUUUCCCAACAACAGAAAGUUGGAGUGUUGAAACUUCUGUACAGUUUGAAGGAGGAUCCAUCUCAAGAGCUUCUCAAACUCCUAAAGGACAACAAUCUUGAAGGUUUGCUCGAUGACGGUGACAUCACUAAUGACGAUGACAUCACUAAUGACGAUGACAUCAUUAAUGACGAUGACAUCACUAAUGACGAUGCCAUCACUGAUGACGAUUCUUAUGAGAAGGUCUUAAAUGUAGAUAAAGAAGUUACAAUCGCCAUAGCAAAUGAUGUAGUCGAUCAAGUUAAGCAAGCUAUAAAAGAUGACGCAAAGCAAAAUCAGGAGGGUAAAACCAACCAGCCAGAGGUCUUAAUGAAAAAGUCGAACACCUAUAAACCUGAAGAUCUCUACCCUGUGGAUAACGAUGUGAACGACAAACGAGUUAUGAAUACUAUGGAACACAUUGCAGCCCUUGUUAAGUGGUGUGAGGGAAUGAACGAGCUUGCCGCAGCAACAGUUAUUACCACAGAAGCAUUAGGCUCGAAAGAAAUGGGUGAAUAUAUAGGAGGCGCUGCAAACAUGGUUGAACGUGAAGUGGUUGCGAACGAUAAUUCCAAGGAGAGUGCAGUUGUUGGGGGUGGAAGCGAAAAAGACGAAGAUCCCGGCAACAAAGAUGAAGACGACAUUGGAAUAGACGAGGUCUCGGAAAAAAUGCAAGAAAUAUGUCAAGCUUUGCACAGCCUUGAAAUCAUUGGCGCUCAAAUCGAAGCUGAUGCUCUGAAAGAGGAAAUAGCUUAUGGUCUAAAACAAAGAAAAUCCAAACAACAAAUGACAAAACAAACUGCUCCCACUAACCCUGAACCCGAAAUACGACAAGUUGGUUUACCAUACAACAGUAAGAAUAAUCUGGAGAUGGACACGGAAACGUACAGUGAAAUUAAGAAAGUGAUGGAGCCUGGAUCCGAUCAACUGAAAGACGAUUUGCAGGAAGCGCUUAGGAGCGUACAUGCUGAUGGGGAGGACAGCUUGGUCGCUGAAUACAAGAGAUUCAUUUUGCGCUCUCGCCCCUAAUUGCAAGAGAUCUGGAGAGAAGCAUUGCUAAAACAGUAGGACUUGAAAUGAAAUACUAACAUGUAUACCCUCCGAUGAAUAAACCUCAUAAUGUGACAUGCUAUCAAAAAUUGCUGAUGCAAGUUGAAUAUGAAUGUUAACUUUCAAAAGCACUGCACGAAUAUGUAAAUAGUCAUUCUACAUAUGCAUACAGAAAAAUAAAUAAUAGAUCGUUUUCAAGAAA